AUGCAUCGAGUGCUUAAUGUUGCUGAAAAGAAUGAUGCAGCUAAAUCAUUAGCUCGUCUUCUUUCAAAAAAUUCAGCAUCUAUGCGUGAAGGUUUUUCAAGAUUUAAUAAAAUUUAUGAAUUUAACUAUCAACUUUUUAAUCAACCAGCACAAAUGAUUUUUACAUCUGUUUCUGGUCAUAUUAUGAAUUCGGAUUUUACAGCAGCACAUAAUAGUUGGGCACAAGUUGAUCCUGUUGUUUUAUUUGAUGCUCCAGUACAAAAGAAAAUAACUGAUCGUGCAGCAGAUAUCGAAAAAACAAUAAAACGUGAAAUAAUUAAAUGUCAAACAUUAAUUAUUUGGACUGAUUGUGAUCGUGAAGGAGAAAAUAUUGGAUAUGAAAUAAUUAAUUUAUGUCGACCAUUAAAAACAGGUUUAAAAAUUUAUCGUGCACGUUUUUCUGAAAUAACAUAUGAUAGUGCUGUACGUGCUUUAUUAAAUUUAAUACAACCUGAUGAACGUAUUAGUGCUGCUGUUGAUGUUCGUCAAGAACUUGAUUUACGUAUUGGUGCAGCAUUUACACGUUUUCAAACAUUACGUUUACAACGUUUAUUUGGUUUUGAUUCAAAACAAAUAAUUAGUUAUGGUUCAUGUCAAUUUCCAACAUUAGGUUUUAUUGUUGAACGUUAUCUUCAACGAGAAAAUUUUAUACGUGAACCAUUUUGGAAAAUAAUUGUUGAACAUCAAAUUGAAAAUAAUCAAUUUUGUGAAUUUACAUGGGAACGUAAUCGUUUAUUUGAACAUCAACCAUGUUUAAUGAUUUAUGAUAUGAUUAUGGAUGAACCAUUAGCAAAAGUAAUAGAUAUUAAAUCAAAAAAUAAAUCAAAAUGGAGACCUACUGCACUUGAUACUGUUGAAAUGGAAAAACUUGCAAGUCGAAAAUUACGUAUGACUGGUAAAAAAACUAUGGAUAUUGCAGAAAAAUUAUAUAUGAAAGGUUUAAUUAGUUAUCCACGUACAGAAACAAAUAUAUUUCCAUCAGAAAUUAAUCUUCAUCCACUUAUUCAAAAUCAAAUUAAUGAUCAACGAUGGGGAGCAUUUGCUCAACGUGUACUUAAUGAUGGACCUCGACCACGUAAUGGAAAAAAUACUGAUAAAGCCCAUCCUCCUAUUCAUCCAAUACGUUAUCCGGAUGGACAAUUAACAGAUGAAGAAAAUAAAUUAUAUGAAUUAAUUGUUCGACAUUUUCUUGCUUGUGUUUCAAAAGAUGCUCAAGGUGAUGAAACAAUAAUUAAAAUUAAUAUUUCAAAUGAAAUCUUUCACGCAUCUGGUUUAAUUAUUCGUGAAAGAAAUUAUCUUGAUGUUUAUAUUUAUGAUAAAUGGUCAGAAAAAGAAUUACCACAUUAUGAAUUAAAUCAAACAUUUUAUCCAACAAAAAUUGAAAUGAUUCAAGGUGAAACAUCACCACCACAAUUAUUAACUGAAGCUGAUUUAAUUGCCUUAAUGGAAAAACAUGGAAUUGGUACAGAUGCAACACAUGCAGAACAUAUAGCAAAAAUUCAAGAACGACUUUAUACAAAAAUGAAUUCCGAUCGAAGAUUUGAACCAGAAAAAUUAGGUCUUGGUUUAUGUGAAGGUUAUGAUAAAAUGGGUCAUGCUUUAUCUAAACCACAUCUUCGUUCUGAACUUGAAAAUCAAUUAAAAGCAAUUUGUGAAGGAAGAGCAAAUCCAGCUGAUGUACUUCGUGAACAAAUUGAUAAAUAUCGACAAGUAUUUAUUGUUACUGCAGCACAAAUUCAAAAACUUGAUGAUGCAAUGACUAAAUAUUUUGGUCCUCCAGGACAAAAUCCACCACCACCGCCUCCACCACGUCCACCACCAUCAGGACCUUUUGGUGAUCGUACUAAUAGAAAUCAACCACCAUCUGAAAGAACUAAUUCAUUGAAUAGACCUUUACAAGUUUCACGUAAUAAUAAUAAUAAUCAAUCAGCUAGACCUCAACAAUUAAAUCGUCCUGCUAGACCUUUACAACAAGAACAAAUACGUCCAACGAAUAAUAAUAAUGUACCUAAAUGUAAUUGUAAUGUUGAUGCUAAAGAAUUAACAGUAAAAAAAGAUGGUCCAAAUAAAGGUCGAUCAUUUUUUCGAUGUGGAAAUAAUGAUAAUUGUAAUUUUUUUGCUUGGAAAGAUAAUACAACAUCAACAUCAACAUAUGUUGGAAAUAAUCAACGACAAUAUGGAGAUAAUCAGCCAAAUACAACUCGUCAAAGACGACAAUCAGAUAAUGAUGAAGAUGGAAAACAGCGAAAAUGUGGUCUUUGUAAACAGACAGGUCAUACACGUCGAAAUUGUCCAUCGUUAAAUCUUUGA